AUGAGAAAGGGAUCUAGAUCAUCUUUGAUGUAUACUAUUAUUCCCAUGUUGGGAGUAACAGCAGUUUCAUUCUUUGCAUUACAUCAUUUCAUGGAACACAAGUACGAACGAUGGGAUCAAAAGAGUUUAGGUGACCCAAACAAGACUACUCCCACCUUGGAAGAAGAAUAUGAAAAAAUGACUAAAAAGAUUGAUCUUUCAAAAUGGGAAGCAAAGUCUGUUCCUGGUAGAGACUAUAAGAAAGAAGAAUAG